AUGGUUCAGGGAGUGAAUUGGUUAAAUGGAGGGGCAUUGGUAUAUUUGGGGGUUCAGCUGCUGCGCACAGUGAAGGCUUUCUCUGUGGAUGUCAGCUCUGAGCAGUCCAUCAAAGAUGCGGCCAGCACAGCGGCAUACGGAAUGAUGCACUACUAUCACGGAAACGAGUCCGGCAACAUUCCUGGAAAACUACCCGACACCUGGUGGGAAGGGGGCGCCAUGUUUAUGACCCUGAUCGAGUACUGGCACUUUACGGGCGACGCGACAUACAAUGACGAAGUUAGCGAGGGAAUGCAAUGGCAGGCGGGAGACGGAGACUAUAUGCCUUCGAACUGGAGCUCUUACCUUGGAAAUGAUGAUCAAAUGUUCUGGGGACUGGCCGCGAUAACGGCUGCCGAGUUACAGUUCCCCGAAGUGAGCGAUGGAUACUCGUGGCUUUCUCUGGCCCAAGGUGUGUUUAACACACAGGUCAAGCGGUGGGAUACCUCAUCAUGCGCUGGAGGCAUGCGUUGGCAGAUUUGGACUUACGAGGCCGGGUAUCGCAUGAAGAAUUCUAUCUCGAACGGUGGUCUAUUUCAACUGGCUGCGCGCCUCGCUCGCUAUACCAAUAACCAAACAUACGCCGAUUGGGCUGAGAAGAUAUGGGACUGGUCAGCUUCUACUCCUCUUUUAAACACCAACACUUGGAAUGUCGCCGAUUCAACAGAUGUGGAUGACAAUUGUACAUCGCAAGGUAACACGCAGUGGACUUAUAAUUAUGGUGCUUACAUUGGCGGUGCCGCAUACAUGUAUAACUACACGAACGGUAGCACCACAUGGCUUACUGCCGUGAAUGGUCUACUCAAUGCAACCAUUGACGGAUUCUUCCCGACAAAGUACGGCGGCAACAUCAUGUCCGACUACACUUGUGAAACGACCGAGGUUUGCAACAACAACGAGAUCAUUUUCAAGGGGCUCCUUUCCAUGUGGUUGGCCUUUACAGCUCUACUAGUACCAUCGACAUACAGCACGAUUAUUCCCAAACUCCAAGGUUCCGGUGUGGCGGCUGCUGAAACCUGCACUGGACACAACAACAACAGUUGCGGUGUUGUAUGGUAUAACUCGACUUGGGACGGCUGGAGUGGACUCGAAGAACAGAUGAGCGUUACGAGUAUUUUGGCAGCGAAUAUGAUCGGGCUGAAUACCUCAGGUGCGCCAGUCACGUCGACAACCGGAGGAAAUAGUACCAGCGAUCCUACGGCUGGAGAAAGUGAUAAUGAAGGGAGCUCUUCUACAACGACAAAAGUUACAACGGGCGAUGUUGUCGGCGCGUCAAUCGUUACCAUUGUACUCGUUGCUGUACCUAUCGCUAUGGUAGUGCUACUCAUCUUCACAUAG